AUGAUUCAAAUUCAAAAGUUGGUUGGUAAAGGUGAAGAAAUGCUUGCAAAAGAAAUGGUUGACGAGGCUAAAGUCUACCUCACCAAAGCUAAAGAAAUUAAUAUAGAACUGGGGGAUAAAAUGGCGGAAGCUCUGAUUUUGGAGAGCUUUGGUCACUGUUAUCAACAUGAGGGUGAUUACGAAAAAGCCCUAAAAAUGACCAGUGACGCAAUAGCUAUAUUUAAGCAGCAGUCAGGAACUACUGGGCAGGCAGGGAAUGCGAAUGGUCUUGGGCAUCUUGGAACUAUAUAUAGUAAACUUGGCAGAUACAAGGAGGCCAUCGCAUGCCAGAAGAAAGCCAUUGAGAUACUUUUAAUAUUGGGAGAUGAUCCCAACGCUUUGGGCACGACUUAUGGAAAUAUGGGAGUUACGCACAAUCGUAUCAAAGAGCCCAGAAAAGCCAUAGAGUUGUCCCAAGAAGCUUAUAGAAUAAGUCAAAAGACAGGGAACAAAGUUGAGGAAGCUAGAAGCUUGCACAACAUAGGAGAUGCAUAUAAUCAAUUGGGACAGCCUAGAAAAUCUAUUUCGUACUGUAAAAAAAGUGCACGUAUUUGGACAGAGAUUGGCAACAAGAGAAAUGCUUCUGUUUCUUAUGGAGUUUUGGCAACCAGCUACCACAAAUUGGGUAAAAUGGAAACGUCUGAGCGUUAUUCUAAGAUGUGUAUCGACACUAACCUUCAUAUGAAGCAAUUUCACGACUUGGCAAUCGCAUAUGGAAAUAGGGGACUGAUGUACUACGAUGUCGCUUUGGAGAAAUUUCUCAGUUCCGGCGAUGCUAAAGAAUCGUUUGAAAGUUCUAUCGAAAACUUCAAACUGGCUAUAGAAUCAACCGAUACAAUUUUGGCCAGUUUAUCAGUUGACAAAAAUAAGACAGCGUUUGCGGAUAAAUUUUACCGUUGGCACAAUAGUCUUACCGCUCCUUUUAAUCUGUUAGGAAGAUCUACGGCUGCCCUGUUAUUUUUAGAUUUGGGAAGAGCAAAAAUUUUAAGACAGCUUGCUUACAAUGAAGUGGAAAACCAAGUGGAGGAUAAGGGUCAAUCAAGUUUCGAGUUAACGUGGUUGGCCAUUGAGAAUGAAAAAGAGAAGGAACGAAUUUGCGUCCUAUCUAAAGAAAUUCAACUAGCGGAGUCUAAUGCUGCUGUUUUGUUCUAUAAUUUCAACAACGCCAAAAUACUAACAAUUUGGGUAUUGGACGCCAAUGGAUGCGUUUCUUUAAAAACGUCGGAUCCUAGAGGAAUGUUCACAACAGCUCAAGAAGAGCUGGAAGACAACGUUACAGAGGUGUUGCAGAAGGCAUCCGUCGGAUUCUCACGCGGGUACUCUUUUUUGAAACCUUCGCCACUCUUUGAUGUCCAAAAUGCCAAGAAAUCCAUUCCCAAACAUGCGUUGAAUCAAGAAAAGGCGGAAGCAACAGGCCACAAUGACAAGGAAGCGAACGACAUAAAGAGCAAACCUGAAUGCAGAUCACCAGCUGUAAGAGCUGACGAAUCACGUGAACGUUUGGCCAAAGAGACACGUUCGCUUUUAUACAGAGCUUUGAUUACCCCAGUUAAAAGUUUGAUAAAUGGAAAGAAGCUCAUCAUUGUCCCAGAUGGCUGCUUAUUCUUUGCGCCUUUCUCGUCCUUUAUCGACGAAAAUGGCUGCCUGUUGUCUGAGGAAUACCAAAUUCAAACUAUUCCUUCAGUUUACGUCCUGGCUAUGGGCAUGCAGUCAUCGAGCAACAGGAGAAUUGGAAAUUCUUUGUUUGUCGGAAACCCUGAGUGUGUUCAGCUACCAUCUCUACCGUCAGCAGCAAGAGAAGUGGAAUACCUUGCAUCUCUUCUGGAUGCAAAACCACUAACCGGUCGUAUGGCAACCAAGAGAAAGAUUUUGGAGUUGAUGUCUAAAGCAUCCAUUAUUCAUAUUGCUUCCCAUGGUCAUGAAGGAACUGGACACAUUUUCCUGGCUUCCGAAUCAAACAAACCAAACGACGGUACUUAUUCAACAUCUUCGUCCGAUCUUCUCACACAAAGCGAUGUGCUGCAGUGUAAGCUGUCUGCACGGCUGGUCGUUCUCUCCUGUUGCCACUCUGGAAUGGGAAAUUUAUCUUCGGAAGGCGUCUUAGGUAUUGCAAGAUCAUUUCUUGGAGCUGGUGCAAGUUCGAUCCUGGUUACUCUGUGGACAAUCGACGACGAGUUUACAAAGCAGUUUAUGGAAGUUUUUUACGAGAAGAUUCUCGAGGAAAAAUCGGUCUGCCUAGCUCUAAAAGAAACCAUGAACAUAUUUCAAAGAAGUGGACAGUAUACUUCAUUCUUGUACUGGGCUGCGUUUCAAAUCCUUGGGGAAGAUGUAAGUUUUACUAAACUCGAGAUUGAGGAAAUUCGAGGAAACAACAAAAAGAUAAUGGCAAGCAAUUAAUUUUCUAAACUUAAUUGUAUUCAAUAAUCAUAAUUCAUCUGACUAUAGCUGCAAAUUUGAUGAUUUUGUACUCGAGUGCGGCGUGCCUACAGUAAUCUAUGAUUCCAUGGCGUACGAUCUUCAGGUCGGUUUUUAGUACAUCAGGAAACAAAAAGGAAAAUGACCAUCAGUUAAAAGAAUCACCAUCAGCUUUAAACAUUGAAUUAGCUGAACUUGGCGACUGAAACGUGACGGAAAUUUACAGUACUGCUCAGAAAUGACCUAACCUAACUAUUAUUAAGGGGGUCUUCCACCCUAAAAACAUUUUUUUUUCAAUUUAAAGGUUUUAUCAUCAUAUUUGAGUCAAAUAUGAUGGAAUAUCCUCAGCUGACGCAAGAUCAGUAACUUUUACAUUCGUCGUUGCCAUAGUAACUAAGAUAGGCC